GUCCCUCCGAGAUAAAAAGGACCCCCUCCCCGUCCGGAUCCCUGCCCGAGGACCACCGGCAUCACUGGGAGGAUGUCCGGAAUCGGGCAGAUAACCUCUCGGUAGAAGUCAAGAAGAAAAAAUGGGUUUCCUCGGAAGAAGAAGAAGAACAAGUAGAUCCAGUCAUCAAUAAUCCUCCGGGCCCCUCCCCCAUGGUCAAGAGACUUCGUGGCCGCCGAGAGCCAGCCAUUUCGAGAGAUACAUCUAAAGUUUUCCCCUUAAGGCAGACGGGAGGCCCCAAUGGCCAAUACCAAUAUUGGCCUUUCUCUGCCUCUGAUCUCUAUAACUGGAAAACACAUAACCCAUCCUUUUCCAGUGACCCUGUAGCUCUAACCUCUCUGAUAGAAUCUAUUCUAGUGACUCACCAGCCGACRUGGGAUGAUUGCCAGCAGCUUUUACAGAUCCUUCUCACUUCUGAGGAGAAACAGAAAGUUCUCCUGGAAGCCCGCAAAAAUGUGCCAGGGGAUGACGGGCGCCCCACUCAACUCCCAAAUUUGAUUAAUGAAGCUUUCCCCUUGACUCGGCCRGACUGGGACUAUAACACUGAUGCAGGUAGGAACCACCUACGUCUCUAUCGCCAGUUACUCAUAGCGGGUCUCCAUGGAGCAGGGCGACGGCCCACCAAUUUGGCUCAGGUAAGACAGACUACACAGGGACCAGAGGAAACUCCGACUGCAUUUUUAGAGAGACUUAAGGAAGCCUAUCGGAGGUAUACGCCUUUUGACCCCGACAGUGAGGRUCAGAGAGGAAAUGUCUCUAUGGCUUUUAUUUGGCAGUCCGCUCCAGAUAUUAGAACUAAAUUACAAAGGUUAGAUAACUUACAAGAUUUUUCUCUAGCAGAAUUAUUAAGGGAAGCAGAAAAGAUUUUCAACAAAAGAGAGACUCGAGAGGAAAAGGAAGAAAGAAUCAGGAAAAGGCAGGAGGAAAGAGACCUCAAAUUUAGGGACGAACUAGACAGGAGGGAGCGAAAACAUAGUAAAGAAUUAAGUAAGAUAUUGGCCACUGUAGCUCAGACAGGACACCAGGGAAAUAGGGCAGGCAAGGAAAGGGAACACGGCAGACCCCGUAUGGACCGAGACCAAUGUGCCUACUGCAAAGAAAAGGGGCACUGGGUAAGGGAUUGCCCGAAGAACCCCAGAAGAAAUGUACGCCGGACCCCUCAAUUGCUAGCCUUGGAUGAAGAUUAGGGGAGUCAGGGCCAGGAGCUCCCCCCUGAGCCCCGGGUAACUCUGCAAGUAGGGGGGCAACCUGUGACCUUCCUAGUGGAUACAGGAGCCCAACACUCGGUGCUAACACGGGCACCAGGACCUAUGAGCCACAAAACGACGUGGGUCCAGGGCGCCACCGGAAGCAAACCGUACCGAUGGACCACCAAAAGAGAAGUACAUCUUGCCACAGGUAAAGUCUCCCACUCGUUUCUGCAUGUGCCUGAUUGCCCGUAUCCACUACUAGGAAGAGACUUAUUGACCAAAUUGAGAGCCCAAAUUUACUUUAAGGAUGGGGGUGCCUCCAUCACAGGGCCAAACCAGGCCCCCUUACAUGUAYUGACUUUCAAAUUAGAAGAUGAAUAUAAACUUUUUGACAAACCUUCUGUACCUAUGAAGGACAUGGACUAUUGGCUUGAUUCUUACCCGGAGGCCUGGGCUGAAACUGGGGGAAUGGGAAUGGCUAAACAACAAACUCCGAUAGUCAUUCACCUUAAAACCACUGCUACUCCCAUAAGUAUUAAGCAAUAUCCUAUGUCAAGGGAAGCUUACCAGGGCAUCAGACCACAUAUCAAACGCCUCCUAGACCAAGGCAUCCUAACUCCUUGCCGGUCGCCCUGGAACACCCCAUUGUUGCCAGUCAAAAAGCCAGGAACAAAUGACUACAGACCUGUCCAGGACUUAAGAGAAGUAAAUAAAAGGGUAGAAGAUAUCCACCCCACGGUGCCUAACCCCUACAAUCUCCUYAGCACCUUACCUCCUACCCAUACUUGGUACACUGUUUUGGACCURAAAGAUGCCUUCUUCUGCCURAGAUUGUCUCCCCAAAGCCAGGCUCUCUUUGCAUUCGAAUGGAAGGAUCCCGAAGAAGGAGUCUCUGGACAACUGACCUGGACAAGGCUGCCACAAGGGUUCAAAAACAGCCCGACGCUCUUCGAUGAGGCCUUACAUCAGGAUUUGGCCGAYUUUCGUGUAAGACACCCCUCCUUAAUUAUGCUUCAGUAUGUAGAUGACAUCUUGCUGGCUGCCACCUCCGAGGAAGAUUGCCUGGUAGGUACGGAGACAUUACUACAAACUUUGGGGCAGUUGGGGUAUARAGCRUCAGCUAAAAAGGCCCAAAUCUGYCAAACAACAGUUACUUAUCUUGGCUACGAACUUCAUGACGGCCAAAGGUGGUUGACAGCUGCCAGAAAAGAGACUAUCUCGAGCAUACCAACCCCCCAGAAUCCCAAGCAGUUGCGAGAAUUUCUGGGGACCGCAGGUUUCUGUAGACUCUGGAUUCCUGGGUUUGCUGAGAUAGCAGCCCCYUUGUAUCCACUGACUAAACAGGGUAACUCCUUCACUUGGACUGAAGAACACCAAUUGGCAUUUGAUCACAUUAAACUGGCCCUUCUGUCAGCCCCCGCCUUGGGUCUACCGGAUGUUACCAAGCCUUUUGACCUGUUUAUAGAUGAGAAGUAGGGUUAUGCAAAAGGUGUUCUAACCCAAAAAUUGGGGCCCUGGAGGCGUCCUAUAGCCUACCUGUCAAAGAAAUUGGAUCCAGUGGCAUCAGGAUGGCCACCAUGUCUCCGGAUGAUAGCAGCUGUAGCUAUUCUGAUUAAGGAUGCCACUAAACUGACUUUGGGACAGCCAUUAACCCUAUUAACCCCUCAUGCCGUUGAGACCAUAAUUCGCCAGCCGCCCGAUCGCUGGAUGUCAAACGCCCGACUCACCCAUUACCAAUCUCUAUUGCUGGACACUGACCGAAUUCAGUUCGGUCCUAUGGUUACACUGAAUCCAGCGACCCUCCUGCCACUUCCGGGAGAAGCAAAUCCUCACAACUGCCAGCAGAUUCUCGCAGAAACACAAGGGACUCGGCCAGACCUCACAGACCAACCGAUGAAGGAUGCAGAGCUGGUCUGGUACACGGAUGGGAGCAGUUACCUGCUCAAUGGAGAACGGCAAGCGGGAGCAGCCAUCACUACCGAAUCUGAGGUAAUAUGGGCGAGUGCACUACCGGGUGGGACAUCAGCUCAGCGAGCAGAACUGAUAGCUCUGACCCAAGCCUUAAAGUUGGCAGAGGGGAAGAAAYUAAACGUGUACACAGACAGCAGGUAUGCUUUUGCCACUGCUCAUAUACAUGGAGAAAUUUACAGGCGCCGGGGAUUACUGACCUCAGAGGGAAAAGAAAUCAAAAAUAAGACUGAAAUAUUGGCUUUGCUUAAAGCUUUAUUUCUGCCCAAAAAGUUAAGYAUCAUGCAUUGUCCCGGCCAUCAAAAAGGAGAUACUCCGGAGGCCAAAGGGAACAGAUUAGCAGAUGAGACAGCCAAGAAAGCAGCCCUAGGGCCACAGCUUUUACUGGAAGCCUCUUACAACUCAGAGGAGAAUACCUGGGAAUAUCAAGGAAAGACUGUAGUGCCCCUCAAAAAUGCGAAAGAACUAGUGAAAUCCUUACACAGACUGACACAUCUUGGGGCUAAAAAGAUGAGAGAUCUUUUARACCGUGGAGAAGGCACUCUAUAUCUUCCUGAUAGGGACCGACUUCUCCAGCAAGUUGCAGGAAAUUGUCAAGCAUGUGCCCAGGUAAAUGCUGGUAAAAUUAAAAUUGGAACAGGAGUUCGGGUAAGAGGACAUAAACCUGGAACCCAUUGGGAAAUAGACUUCACUGAAAUCAAACCGGGUAUGUAUGGAUAUAAAUAUCUUCURGUUUUUGUUGACACUUUCUCCGGAUGGGUAGAAGCAUUCCCGACUCGGCAUGAAACUGCUAAGGUGGUCGCUAAAAAACURUUGGAAGAAAUUUUCCCAAGGUAUGGGGUACCCGAGACAAUUGGGUCGGAUAACGGGCCUGCCUUCACCUCUCAGGUAAGUCAGGUGGUGGCCAAUACAUUGGGGAUUAAUUGGAAAUUACAUUGUGCUUAUAGACCCCAAAGUUCAGGACAGGUAGAAAGAAUGAAUAGGACCAUCAAGGAGACUUUAACCAAAUUAACGCUUGAAACUGGCACUAGAGACUGGGUACAACUCCUGCCUUUAGCCUUAUAUCGGGCCCGGAAUACCCCAGGCCCUCAGGGAUUAACCCCCUUUGAGAUUCUGUAUGGUGCCCCACCACCCGCUAUUAACUUUUAUGAAACUGAAAUCUAUGCCUCCCUUACCCCAUCUAUGCAGACUCAUUUACGCGCAUUGCAAUUGGUCCAGAACGAGGUCUGGAAACCAUUGGCAGCGGCAUAUAAGGAAGAACUCAAAGCCCCCUCGGUGCCACAUUCGUUCAAAAUCGGGGACACCGUCUGGGUACGCAGGCACCAGAAUAAGAACCUCGAACCACGGUGGAAGGGACCCUACACCGUCCUGUUGACCACUCCCACUGCAGUUAAAGUGGACGGCAUCACUGCCUGGAUCCACGCGUCCCACGUGAAGGCUACACGUCCACGAGAUUCCACAGACACCUCUUCAGAUCCAGGAUGGAAGUUGCAACGCACUCAAAACCCGCUAAAGAUAAGACUUAUGCGCUGCUAA